GCGUCACGCGCGUAGCUCUCUCUAGGAAGCUAGUGGUUUGAAUAUGUCGCGCCUGCAGGGUGUUGCCGGGCGGGAUCCGCGGGCAGGUUUCAGAGCAGAAAGGGCAGACGGCAGCACUUCCGUACCCCAGGGGCUGUUAAAAGCGGCGAGGAAAAGCGGCCAGUUAAACCUGUCUGGUAGGAACCUGAGUGAAGUGCCCCAGUGUGUGUGGAGAAUCAACGUGGAUGUCCCCGAGGAGGCGAAUCAGAACCUGUCCUUCAGCGCUGCUGAGCGGUGGUGGGAGCAGACGGACCUGACCAAACUCAUCAUCUCCAACAAUAAACUUCAGGCGCUCUCUGACGACCUUCGGCUCCUGCCUGCUCUGACUGUUCUUGAUAUACAUGAUAAUCAGCUCACAUCCCUUCCUUCUGCUAUAAGAGAGCUAGAAAAUCUUCAGAAGUUCAAUGUCAGCCAUAAUAAACUGAAAAUGCUCCCUGAAGAAAUUACAAAUCUAAAAAACCUGAAGGGCUUGUAUCUCCAGCAUAAUGAACUCAUGUGCUUACCGGAGGGAUUUGAGCAACUUUCCAGUUUAGAAGAUUUAGAUCUUUCCAACAACCGUCUUGCAGCUGUUCCUGGUAGCUUUUCUUCCCUACCCAAUCUGAAGCGACUCAGCCUUUCCAGUAACCAGCUGAAGAGUCUGCCAGCAGAAAUGAGUAGAAUGAAAAAAUUAAAGCACUUGGAUUGCAAUUCAAAUCUCUUGGAAACUAUACCCCCUGAAUUGGCUGGCAUGGAAUCUCUAGAAUUGCUUUAUUUGCGAAGGAAUAAAUUACGUUUUCUACCGGAAUUUCCUUCUUGUAGACUAUUGAAGGAAUUGCAUGUAGGUGAAAACCAGAUUGAAAUGUUAGGGGCAGAACACCUUAAGCAUCUGAAUUCUAUCCUUGUGCUAGACCUGAGGGAUAACAAGUUAAAAUCUGUUCCAGAUGAAAUUACACUGCUACAGUCUUUGGAAAGACUUGACCUAAGCAACAAUGAUAUUAGUAGUCUGCCCUGUUCAUUGGGAAACCUUCAUUUGAAAUUCCUGGCACUAGAAGGAAAUCCUUUGAGAACCAUUCGACGAGAAAUUAUUAAUAAAGGAACUCAAGAAGUACUGAAGUACCUACGCAGCAAAAUCAAAGAGGAUGGACCUGGACGAAGUGACUGUGUUCCUGAGACCACAGCCAUGACACUGCCAAGCGAGUCCAGGGUCAAUUCACAUGCCAUCGCCACUCUGAAGCUACUAGACUACAGUGAUAAGCAAACACCUUUGAUUCCUGAUGAAGUAUUUGAUGCAGUAAAAACCAACAUCGUCACUUCUGUUAACUUCAGUAAGAAUCAGCUACAGGAGGUUCCGAAAAGAAUUGUGGAACUGAAGGACAUGGUUUCUGAUGUCAAUCUCAGUUUUAAUAAGCUUUCCUGUGUGUCCUUGGAAUUAUGCAUGCUUCAAAAAUUGACUUUUUUAGAUCUCAGGAACAAUUUUUUAAAUUCUUUGCCUGAAGAAAUGAAGUCAUUGAUAAAGCUACAAACCAUCAAUCUUUCCUUUAAUAGGUUCAAAGUGCUGCCGGAAGUUCUCUAUGACAUCCCCACUCUGGAGACUGUCCUAAUCAGUAAUAAUCAGGUUGGGUCUGUGAACCCUCAGAAGAUGAAGAUGAUGGACAGGCUGACGACUCUGGACCUUCAGAAUAACGACCUUCUCCAGGUUCCGCCUGAGCUUGGGAACUGCGUGAGCUUGAGAACACUGCUGCUUGAUGGAAACCCCUUCCGUAUUCCUCGAGCGGCCAUCCUCAUGAGAGGAACAGCUGCUGUACUGGAGUACUUGAGAGACCGAAUUCCUUCUUAGAUGGGUGUAUUGUCCAACUUGGAAAACCAUUUCAUAAGGUUUGCUCAUUUCACAAAAGUGCUUCUCAUGACGCAGAAAUUGAAGAAAGGGUGAAAGAAUUACUGUGCUUGCUGCCAAAGAUGUAGUCGUUAGAGAACAAGUGAGCACAUUAUUGUGACUGCUGCCACAGAAGCAGUGACACUUUCACUUCUUCCUCAGUAACUACACUAAUACUUGACAAUUUUUUAAAAUGUCUUUGUGAUUUCACAUGACAGUACAGUCCUUUUGCCUUCAUGAGAAGUACAGUGAGUAGAUCUGCCUAAAAUGCCUUUCGUCCCUUAAGAAAAAAAAAUAUUGAAGACCUUUCCUUUAUGAAUUUUGUAGAGGACAGCAACACAGAGCCAUCACACGUAACCUUUAGCAACCUUAAUGUGUGCGUCUCGUGUAUGUCCUUAUUGGACAAGUAUUGGUAUAUGUCGUGUGCCUGUGGUUUUGUUUUGAUGCAAACUUGUGUAUCAUUUUUAUUUCCAGCACUUUACUUUUAAAUUUUGUUUGCAGUUAGGAUAAGACUAGCAGCCAUCCAGUAAUUUUCUAGAAGGGAAUUUAACAUGGAUAAACUUGAUUUAUUAAAAAUAGAAUAUGAAGGUUUUUUUACACUGAAACAAUCAGGAGCAGGUCGGUCUGUCGUCAUGGCCCUUACAGGUUUCUCCUACUAAGUACCUAAUUCAGUAGCAUGCAUGUCAGUGGAGAGAUGUGACGGACGUAGCUUUUAGGUGACUGAGGCGUGUUGGAAUUGUGAAAAAAUCACUGCCAAUGAAGAUAAAUACUACAUGUUGAUAAUAAACAUUUCUCAGACAUC